CAAAACGGUAAGUUGAAACGCGAGACCAACGAACAGAAGACUCCCAAUCCAAACCCAAACCCAAAGGUACAGUUAGGGUUUUUCUUUUCCAGAGUGAAGUCGCAAUUCAUAGAACAAGAACAAAGAAUGGUGUGCGAGAAGUGUGAGAAGAAGCUUUCGAAGGUGAUAGUGCCAGACAAGUGGAAGGAAGGUGCCAGUAACACCACCGAGGGCGGUGGCCGUAAAAUCAACGAGAACAAGCUCCUCUCCAAGAAGAAAAGGUGGACUCCUUAUGGAACUACCAAGUGCAUGAUUUGCAAGCAGCAAGUGCACCAGGAUGGAAAAUACUGUCACACCUGUGCUUACUCCAAAGGAGUUUGCGCGAUGUGCGGUAAGCAAGUACUCGACACCAAGUUAUACAAGCAAAGCAAUGUAUAAUGCAAGUCAGAUGUUGUUGGUUGGCAUUGUCUAUUUGGUGUGCUGACUCAUAGCUAAACUGUUGAUUCAUAUAUUUGGUCCCUCGUCCCUGGACCCCUGGUCAUCAAGCCAGAGCAUACCAUAUUUGUAAUUCAGCCUGUGAAUGUUAACCUUUUAGUUAUAACAUGUACUUUGUUUAGUUUUAUUCUUUGAUCAUUGAUAUUUACUCAAAGAAGCUAAGCUAAAUGAUUACCUCUGAGCUUUUGAAUGCAAGUUAUUUAUUCUGAACA